GCUGGCUGAAUAGACACAGGAGGAGCAGCAGAAGAAGCAGGGUUAGCGCACACUCGAGGGCUCAAACGUGGAGCUGCCGGGAGAAAGGGCUCCCAGCUGAUAGGGACUUGCUCAGCAGCGGAAAAGCGACACCAGCUAUGGCUUCAAAUUUUAAUGACAUAGUGAAGCAGGGCUAUGUGAAAAUUCGAAGCAGAAAACUGGGGAUGUAUAGAAGGUGUUGGUUGGUGUUUAAGAAAGCCUCCAGCAAAGGCCCAAGAAGAUUAGAGAAAUUUCCUGAUGAAAAGGCAGCAUUUUUCCGGAACUUCCACAAGGUAACUGAGCUGCACAGCAUCAGGAACAUAAGCAGGUUGCCCCGAGAGACAAAGAAACAUGCUGUGGCAAUUAUCUUUCAUGAUGAAACAUCAAAGACAUUUGCCUGUGAGUCAGAGCUGGAGGCAGAAGAAUGGUGUAAGCUUCUCUCUGUUGAGUGCUUAGGAUCCAGACUCAAUGACAUCAGCUUUGGGGAGCCUGAUCUUUUGGCAGCUGGUGUUCAAAGGGAACAAAAUGAGCGGUUCAAUGUGUAUUUGAUGCCAACCCCCAAUCUGGACAUUUAUGGAGAAUGCACCAUGCAGAUCACACAUGAGAACAUUUAUCUAUGGGACAUCCACAAUCCCAGAGUAAAACUGGUUAUGUGGCCACUCAGCUCUCUCAGACGGUAUGGAAGGGACUCAACAUGGUUCACAUUUGAAGCUGGCAGAAUGUGUGAUACGGGAGAGGGACUCUUUACAUUUCAGACACGGGAAGGAGAGAACAUCUAUCAGAAGGUGCAUUCAGCAACUCUGGCCAUUGCCGAACAACAUGAGCAACUGAUGCUGGAGAUGGAGAAAAAAACACGGCUGCAAUCCAGUCCGAGUGAGGAGAUGACACUAAUGACAAUAACACUUCCUCGGAGUGCAUACUGGCAUCACAUCACCAGGCAGAACAGUGUCAGCGAACUGUAUAGCUUACAAGGGAAUGAUUUAAACUUGACAAAGGUUCCUCGAGCACAGACCUUCCCUAGCUACAUCUCAGAACAGAGUCAUGAGCACCAACACUUAUUAUCUCCAUCUAGUGGCUACGGAUCAAGCUACAGCUCUGGGCUGGCCCAGUGAUGUGCACCGAACAAUGGGAGGAGUCACUGUGAGCCGGGCCAUGUGUACUGAGAGAAGCCUGAAUGGGUAACAGUGAGAGGGCAAGGACUAAAUACAGGUGAAACAAAACAAGACUUGGAUGGCUUUUGCUGUACUUGAAGCAUUCAGGUGAUAGACUGAAUAUUCAUAGGCUUAAAAAUACAUCUUUUUUUAAUAUUAAUUGGCUCCCACCUGCUGAUAACUACAUACCUCCUUGGGAAAUAGAGUUUGAUGUAUAAAAAAAUGCAAUGUAGAGUAUUUUUAAAAUCCAGCUGCUGUAAAACAUAGCUUCUGUGUGUAAAACACAAUUGUUUGGAUAGGUCUAAAAGUGAUUGAGUCAAAUCGUCUGUGUCUGCGACAACUGUGAAACAAUGCUUCUGUUUCUAAUACUAAUUCAGGUUUUGCUUUCAGAUCUGCUCUGCAGUUAUUCCCAUAUAUCAAAUAGUUUUUCUAGGAAAAAUAUUACCCAGGACUAUCUAUUUUUUCAUUCAACAUCAGGUUGCAGUGUUGUUCGAUGCUAUCUAUUUUGUUUAUUAAGGUGAAUUUUCUCUGAUGAAUAAGGGCUCAAUGGUUCAAGUUUGCUGAGAGUUUACUGUGUCCAGGGAAGGGGCAGUGAGGGGUGAUGGUGGGUAAUGGGGAAUGGAUGAGCAGUUCCCGCAGAUUGAAUGUGAACUAUCUAAGUGGUUUUAAGCUUGGAACAGUUAACAGCUACACAAAUGAAGAACAAAAGAAGUAAGUCAAUUGAUAAUUCACCUGAUGACAAAUGAAAAUACAUCCUUAAUCUGAGUACAGUACCGUGUCUGGCAACAUGAUGGAAAAGCUCUGAUCAGAAAUGUAGUCUCUUUGUAACCACAGGUCAUUACAUGUUCUCAUUAAGAGAGAUUUUUUAUUUCAACACUGGCUUUCAGGUAACUGCAUCUUUCAUCCAAUUGGACUGAGAAUGUGUAAACUCGUUCACUGAGGAAUUUGUUGGCAAUGUGAAAAAUGUGCAAUAUUUACCAACGGGCGUUUUCUUGUGGAACUGGCAUCUUAACUAGCCAAAUAUUUCAACUUGUGCCAACUUGAAGUUACCUUAAGACCUGAAAUAUCAAACUCUGUGAACUAGAGCUAAAAAAAAACUACUGCUGAACAGCAACUGAGUUACAGUGUGUUGGCAAUAAAACAGAAGCAUAAAAUUCUGGCAUACCCAACAGUUCAAACAGCAACUGCAGGCAGAACCAACAAAUUAGUUUUCAUUAAGUGGCUGCACCCAAAAUGUCAACUGUGCCGCUUCUCUCCAUUGAUGCUGCCUGAACUGCUGAGCGUUUCCACCUUACACCAUUUCUAGCUCAGAUUUUCAGGAUCUGCAAUAACUCGCUCCUUGUAUAUACUGGGCUUGGUCAUUAUCAAUCCGACCCACAGCUGCAGUCAGCCUGACACUAAUCUGCAGUUGCAGUUACCUGCAGGGGCACCUGCAGUCCGUCACCCUCACUACUGUCAAAGGCAUUUUCACUAUUUUUAUGUGUCCGUAACAUCCAGAAAUAUUUAAAAUCAAAUUGAAUGGAUUGAUUUUUUUACAUUCAUCCAUUAAAAAUAAUGAAUUUAGUUCAAUUACAUUAAACUAUGGUAAAUUAAUUUAAAAAUAUACAAAAUGAAAUAAAGAUAAGUCAACAAAAAGCUUAAUUUGAAUUUACUUUCUUUAAUAUGGGUCAUUGACCCUAUUGAAAUGAAGGUGGUCACUGCCUAUACAGCAGUUUUGGCUGGCAUGAAGCUGAGAGGCCAGAUGUGAAGUGUAUCUGGCUUCUGGACUCCACAGUGAGUCCAGUAGCAGAGUGGGCAGCACUCAACUUACAGCAUGCUUCCAACUUCCAUUUUGCCACAUGCAGAUGUAGAAGCUGAUGACACACUGAACAACGGACGGUGGAGCUCAGCCCUGUAUCUGCAUCACUAAUGCCAGCAGUGAUUGGCUAUCAGCAAUCCCUCCUGAACACAUGUAGUGACUUUUGUUGAUAGGAAUGUGCACUGCUGUACCUACAUUAGUUGAAAAGAACUGAAUUUAAGGAUUUACAAGAUGGCCUGGAAGAUGGAGACACAAGAGACUGCAGUUGCUGAAAUCUGGAGCAAUAAACAAACUGCUGGAGGAGCUCAAUAGGUCAGGCAGCAUCUGGGGAGGGAAACAGACAGUCGCCAUUUUGGGUCGAGACCCUUCAUCUGGACUCUGAUGAAGAAUCAGCAUCUGGGGAGGGAAACAGACAGUCGCCAUUUUGGGUCGAGACCCUUCAUCUGGACUCUGAUGAAGAAUCUUGAUCUGAAAGGUUGACUGUCCAUUUCUCUGUACAGAUGCUGCCUGACCCAUUGGGUUGCUCCAGCAGUUUGCUUGUGGCUUGGGAGAUGCUUAGUUCAGGUCACAUUUGAUAUAAAUAAGCAUGCAGGCCACACCUUCUCACUUCACAUAUCAGAUCACAAUUAAAAUUUAAAUAUUCAUUAUAACAUUAAGGAUGAUGUAAGACAAUCAAAGAACCAAGGAAUUCCUGAUGUUUUUACACUGCAACCAUACAAGACAAUCUACAAAAUAACUUCCAAAAUCAAAAUCUUGCCCUUGGUAUGUGACUGGCUCUUGUUUCUCUAUAGCCUGCCCUGGUAGGGAACUAAUGUUUUCAGAACUAGUGUAUCACACUCUUUACUGGAGUAUCCAGUGAGAAAAAUUGACGUUAUCACAUGAGAAUUCAUUUUGUAGUCAGUCUUCACAGUUCAUGUCAAUUGACUGAACUAGAUUCUUAGGUGGCCUUGUUAUGACAAGUGAACUGCAAAAACAUUUUACCUGUUUCAAAAACCAUGACUUGUGUAAUCAGGCUUUGAAAUUCAUAAUUUCCUUUUAUCCCAGCAAGUUUAGUCACUGCUGGUAAGGCAAAGGACAAUUGGAGAGUUUAAAGGUUUAUGAUAUAGUCGGGAUUACUUUAAUUUACACACUAGGCCAAAGUCUCAGUAUUUCUCUACAGUUUUUGGAGUGAGUAUCCCAUCAGAGUGGACAACGGACCAUUGUGUAAGUUCUAAUUGAUCUGAUAUCCCCCUAGGAUAGGAAGAAGGGAGAGGGUAUCCUGGAUUAUGAGCAGGGGACUAUCAAGAGUCCUGAUUUAAUUCAGAUUGGGCAAAGGAAAGAAAUAAGUGAGAAUUUGUUAAGAGAAGGUUUAUCUGACUAACCUAAUAAAAUUCUUUGAGGAGGUAAUGGGCACGAUCGAUGAGAGCAAUCUAUUUGAUGUCGGCUCUGUGAAUUUUAACAAGGCUUUUGACAAAAUCCCAAAAGGCAGACAUGUCAAUAAAGUGAAAGCAAAAAGGAUCCAAGGGAAAGUGGCAAAAUGGGUCCAAAACUGGCUUAGCAACAAGAAACAAAAGAUAAGUGGUUGACAGGUGUCUUUGCAAUGGGAAGGCUGUUACAGGUAGGGUUGCAAUGGGCUCAGUUCUCCAUCUUUUGCUGUUUGCUAUAUAUAAAAACCAUUUAGACAUAUACGUAGCUAACAUGAUAACAAAGUUUGCAGGUGAUACAAAAGUUGGCCAUUUGUAGACUGCAGGAAACUGCAGAUGGUUUGGCCAGGUGAAUACAUAAAAAGGCAAAUGAAUUUAAUCCAGAGAAUUGUGAGGUAAUGCAUUGGCAAGGUGCAAUUAGGCAACUAAGAGAAUAUUGAGUGGUAUGAAGAAACAGAAGGGUUUUGGAAUGUAUGCACACAAAUCAUUGGAAGGGCAGAACAUCUCAGUAAAGAGGCAAACAGAAUGCUUUCCUUUAUUAGCCAAAGGUGAGAAUAUAAAAUCAUGGAGGUUAUGCUUGAACUGUACACAAUGCCAGUGAGACCACAGAUUGAGUACUACAUAAGUUCUGGUCACCACAUGACAGGAAAGAUGUGAUUUGCUGGAGAAAGUGUAGAAGAGAUUUACAAAGAUGUUUCCAUGACUGGCAAAUUGUAGCCAUGAACAAAGACAGGAGAGUCUGGGGCUGUUUCUUUGGAGCAGAAGAGUUUGAGGGAAGACUUAACUGAGUAUAGUGUUACAGGUAGUGUAGAUAGAGUGAGGGAGCAUUAAGUAUUUGGCUGUAGAAUUAGAAUACAGAUGAGCAUUUUAUUUUUCACCCAGAGGAUGGUAGUGGCCUGAAACUCACUGACUGAAAGAGAGGCACAGGCAGAAAACCUUAGUGCAUUUAAAUACUUAUUUUAGAACAGUCAUUGAAAAGUCAUGAUGUGUGUGGCUGCAGGGCAAGUGCCUGAUGGUAGGAUCAGACUGGAAGCUUUUUUUGAUGGGUGCAGAUAAAAUGGGCCAAAUCACACAUUUUCUAUGUUCUAGGAUUAUCUGCAGACAGGAUCUGACAUCAAGUAUCCACAAAAAGCCCACAGUUAUCGAGUCAACGAUCUAAGUACAGGGGAAAAUGGAAACAAAAACGAUCAGAUAUAAAUGCUCGUAUUGGCAAAAGUGAAGCAGACAUUUAUCAUCAAUAAAUAAUAACAUGAGACAGUAUAUUCUGGACUUGUUUAGAAGUAAGAUCGCAAUGUGGUAAAUAUGACGUGGUAUAUAUGAAAGUGAAAUAUCUGGUAGGUUCCAAUACAAUAAAUUGGAGUAUCCUCACCUUAAGGCAUCAGGACAUCACCAGUACCUGUUGCCCAUUUCUCAAAUGCCAUUGAGGGGGUGCUGGAGAGCCAUACUCUUGAAUGCAGUAGUCCAUCUGGUGAAGGUUCUCCCACGGUGCUGUUGAGAAGGGACUCUGGGACUUAGACCCAGCAGCGAUGAAGGAACAGUGAUGUACUUCCAAAUCAGGAUGGCACGCCGUUUGGAGGGGAACAUGCAGGUGGUGGUGAUGCUAUAUUCCUGCUACCCUUGUCCUUCUUGGUGUUAGAGGUUGCGGACUUGAGAAACGCUGUAGGAGUGGGUUAGUAGAGAGCCACAGUGUAUCAGUAGUGAACGAAAUGAAUGCUGAGUGGUAUAUGGGGUACCAGUCAAGUGGGCUGCUAGAUCAAGAAUGGUGUCAAGCUUCGUAAAAAUUGUUGGUGCUCCACUCAUUCAGGCAAAUGGAGAUUAUUCCAUUGACUUGCGCCUUGUGAAUGAUGGGAAGGCUUUUGGGUGUCAGGAGGUGAGUUAUGUGCAGCAGGAUACCCAGCCUCUGAUCUGCUGUCAAAGCCAUGGCAUUUAUUUGGCCGGUUCAGUUGAGUUUCUGAGCAAUGGUAAUCACCAGGAUAUUGAUAAGUGGGGGACUUGGCAAUGGUGAUGUCAUUGAAUGUCAGAAAGUAGUGAUUCAGUCUCUUUCUUAGUUGGAGAUGGUCAUUGUCUGGCAUUUUUAUGGACAGAUGUUACUUGCAACUUAUCAGCCCAUGUCUAAAUGUCGCUCAGGUCUUGCUGCACAUGGGCACGGACUGUUUCUCGUUGAGGAGUUGGGAAUGGAAUUGGUCAUUGUGCAAUCAUCAGCAAACAUCUCUGUCUCUGACCUUAUGACAGAAGGGAAGUCAUUGAAAAAGCAGCUGAAGGUGAUUGCAAAUCACCUGAGGUGAUCCCUGAGGAACUCCUCUGGGAUAACUGGCCUCCAACAUCCACAACUAUCUUCCUUUGUGUAAGGAAUGACUCCCACUAGUGGAGUAUUUGCACUAUGAUGUCGAUCAGCCUCACUUUUACCAUGGCUUCUUAAUGCCACGGUCAAUGAAAUGGUGCCUGGAUGUCGUGUUGUCACUGUCACCUUGCCUCACCCCUAGAGUUCAGCUCCUUGCUCCAUGUUUGGACUGAGAGUAUGAUGAGGUUUGGAACUGAGUGGUGAAAUCCAAACUGGAUAUUAAUGAAUAGGCUCUUGGUGAGUAAGUAUCACUUUAUGGCACUCUCAACAACAACUGCCAUUGCUUUGCUGAUGAUUGAGAGUGGACUGAUGAGGCGUUAAUUAGCUGGAUUGGAUUGACCCUGCAUUUUGUGAAUGUGACCUACCUGGGCAAUCUUCCACAUUAUCAAGUAGAUGGCUGUGUUGUAAUCAUACUGGAACAACUUGGUUAGUGGUAAUAUUUGUUCUGGGGUUGUGGGUCCUCAGUACCACAGCUGGGGUGUGGUAUGGUACCAUUGCCUUUGCUGUAUCCAGUGUUCUCAGCUCUUUCUAAUAUGCAAAGUGAAUCAAAUUGGCUGAAGACUGACUGCUGUGAUGUUGGGGAUCUCAGGAAGAAGCUGAGAUGGAUCAUUUGCUUUGUACAUCAGUCUGAAUAUGGUUGUGAGUGCCCCAGUCUUGAACUUAGCAUUCGGACCCAUUAGCUGUUUAAUUGUCCACCACCAUUCACAACUAGUUGGUACUUUCUGAGCUCUUAAGGGAGGUGGGAAUGGGAUAUCUAUUUCCAUUCAACCCAUUGAGUCUACGCCAGCCCAAAGAGCUUCAUUCCUUCAUUAAUUUUCCUUGCAAGCUAUUAUCUACAUAUUUGCAUCUUACCACACUAGGAGCAAUUUAUAAUGGCCAGUUAACCUACCAACCUGCAUGUCUUUGGGAUGUGGGAGAAAACUGAAGGACCCAGAGGAAAUACAAGCAGUUGCAGCGUGAUCAUGCAAGCUCCACACAGACAGCUCCGGAGGUCAGGAUUGAACCCUGCUCACUGAAGCUGUGAGGCAGCAGGUCCACUGGCCCAGCUGUAGAGUUUCCAUCUAGUCCUUUGGUUGUGGAAUCACUUAACUCUGUUUAUGCCUACUGCUUUUGCUUUAUAACAUGCAUGUCUAUGAUGUUGAUGUCCCAGUGUUGAUCACAGAAUAUUAAAAUGUUGAAAUGCAUUCAAUCAAACCAGCAGAGCUGCUUGAGGCUACCAAAAACAAUGUAUCCAGGGUAGUAAGGGAUCCCUCAUUUCAGAACUUGGAAACAGCUGUUUCAGAGCAACACAUGGACAAUCAUGGAUAUCCUGUUUAAGGACCAGAGGAGAAAUAAACAUUCCAAAAUAAUCCUAGAUGGAUUCACAGGAAACAAAUGUAUCCAUUUGUUAGAUGGAACUGUAAGAGCUCCAAAAGGAACUGAGCAAAUUGUGACUGCCAACUACUGCUCAACAAUUUGCCAGUAAACUGGAAAGGGAAAUUGUGUCCAAAGACAGGACAAGUGCCAGUGGAAAAUGUAUUAAGAUCAACAGCAGAAUUUUUAAAACAUUUGAAGAGCAGGAGGUAAUAAUAAACAGAAGAUGGAUAAAAUUAUUUCCACAUAAUUAAGAAAACCUUCAAGUACAAGAGGAGGUAGUGUGGAUCACAAGGAAUAUAUUAAAUAUUAUCAAAGGACAAAAUCUUGUGUUUAUUGUAACACUCUAUCCUAGGCUCAGGAUAACUCAGGAAUGUUCAACAAAUUGAUUACUUUUAAAGUGGAAGUAGUCCCGUUAAGCACGUUAAUGCAGCCUCCAGUUUGCACACAGCAAGACUCCACAAACAUCAAAUGAGCAGAUAGUUUGAGGGAAUAUUGACCAGAACAUUGGGCACGCUCAAAUAUUGGCAUGGGAUUUUUUACAUCCAACGGGUGAGGCCUUGGUCCAACAAAUCAAGUGAAAGAGGGCAGUGAGGACAGGUGAAGUUUAAAGAGAAAGAAAUGCAAAAGUCAGUAGGAAAAAGCAAGGGAAAAGAACUAAAGAGAUGAUGCAGAGCAAUGGAAGCUGGAAUGAAACGAAAUGACCGCAAUUGCAAAAUUUAAAUUUCUCAUGAGAAAAUUAAGAUGGUAAGCCACAGCAGAAAUAAGAUACUCUGAUUUGCAUGGGAGUGGAGUUGUGAUACAAUAACGGUUGUGAGAACCCAUGCAAGGGCACUAAUUUUCCUGUCUUUUUUUCUUAGGAAAAUCUAUUAGACUCUGUAGGAGAGAUGGUCUGUACG